CAGGGCAGCUGACUGUGAGGACGCGCAGUACCAGGCAGCACAGGUCAGUGCAGUCUGUGUUGCUGUGAUAUGGAAGAGGAUUCCCUGUCUCUGCGGCACAAUCCAGUGAGUGUCCUCUCAGCCUCUUCUGUGGAUGAAAACAGUCUCCAUUGCGGACCCGCUGGGGAGGCAGAUCCAGGCCGUCUGUGCUUUUAACCUUCACCUGUUCAAGCCUUGGAUCAGGAAACACAACCCAGAGAGAUGUCUUUUAAGAAGGAAACACCACUGGCAAACGCUGUAUUCUGGACUGCACGAAAAGGAAACACGACAUUCUUGAAGCUGCUUUUAAACAGUGGCCGUGUGGAUCCAGACUGCAGAGACAGUCUCGGAACCACUGCUCUGAUGAUAGCAUCAUACUGUAAUCACCUGGAUUGCGUUCGAGAACUGAUUAUGCAAGGAGCGGACAUAAACAUCCAGAGAGAGUCAGGUUCCACUGCAUUGUACUUUGCUGCUCAACAAGGUAAUGAUGCCAUUGUGAAAUUACUUUUGGAAUUUGGGGCCUCCACUGAACUACCAACAAAAUGUGGAGCUACGCCACUUUCAAUAGCUUGUCAAUAUGGACGUACCAGUGUGGUGAACACUUUACUCAACUGGAGAUGUAAUGUCAACAUCCAGUUACAGGAUGGUGCUACUUCACUUUUUCUGGCAGCACAAGGAGGACAUGAUGAUGUGGUUCGAUUUCUGCUGUCAUCAGGAGCAAGGGCUGACCAGCCAAGACAGGAUCUAACUACUCCACUAUGGAUUGCAGCACAGAUGGGACAUGCUAAUAUUGUGAAGGUGCUGCUCGAACAUGGAGCUAAUGCAGAUACUCCACGCAAGGAUGGCUCAACACCAUUAUUCAAAGCUGCUUACAAAGGGUAUACUGAAGUUGUACAGGAGCUACUCAAGUUUUUCCCUUCGCUAGGAGUUCUCAAGAAUGGAACAACGCCUCUUCAUGCUGCAGUCUUGGGAGGGAGCGUGAGGAUAGUGUCUCUUCUCAUUAAUUCUGGAGCAGAUGCAAGUCUAAAGAAUAUGACAAACGAAUUGCCAGCAGAUCUUACAAAGAACGGUCGGGUCAUCAGACUUCUUCAGUCAAAAGAAAUAAAUGGACAAAGCUGAAAACCUGGAAAACAGACUGCAAAAGUAAUACUUGUAAAAACAAAACAUCAAAGUACAGUGAGGGCUGAAACAGCAUCAACUUCUGCCUUCGGGUAUAGUGUAGUGGAGCAGUUUUAAAGAUAUAAUGCAAACAUUGUUGAGCCAUAGUGAAGGCUUGUUAUGUGACACCUUCUUUACUUUGGUUUGAAUUAAAAGGAAUAAAUGUGUAUAAUGUUAAUUUGUUACCCAAAUAUAAUAUUUAUUUUGGGAUUUGUGAUGAGACAAUAGGGACUAGGAAUUGGUUGGGUGACUAAUGUUAGUGGGAAAGUGUAAACAGGGAAGGAUGUUCAGGGAUGACAAUAGUGAAAUACUCAUAAGUAACAUUACCAUUAGUAGUGUUGAAAGAGCAAAUUACUUUGUUAAAACUUUGUACAAGAGAGCUUAUUCACCAUUGGACAGUUGAGAAUGAUCAGUUUCUUAACACUCUUGUCAAUAUGGCCUAUAUUAAUAAAUUAUAUACCUACCUAAUAACAAUAUCUUUAUAGGAAUCGAGUUUAGCCUGAGGUUAAGAACUAUUGGCUAAUUCUUUAAGGAAUGAACAUGAUUUCAUUUAUAAGCUUCAGUGGAAUAAUAAUCCUUGCAUUUGAUACA